AUGGCCGAACACGACCUUUGUCCCCACCUGGACAGCAUUGGGGAGGUAACCAAAGACGACCUCCUUCAAAAAUCCAAGGGGACCUGUCAAUCCUGUGGUGUUUCUGGUCCCAACCUGUGGGCAUGUCUUGAGAAUGACUGCCAAUAUGUUGGUUGUGGAGAGUCCUACUCAGAUCACAGUACUCUGCAUGCUCAGUCCGUGAAGCACAACCUGACGGUCAACUUGACCACGUUCAGGAUCUGGUGCUACGUAUGCGAGCGGGAAGUCUUUCUGGAAUGCCAGAUCCCGCUGGCCUCUGUUCCAGUGCCCGCCGUCCCCCACCGACAGCACUGCUUCACUCCGGAACAGGAAGAGAUGCUGCUGGGUCACCCGCUAAAAGCGGUGCCGAUCGCCAUGGGUGAAGAAGAAGGCUCCGAGUCUGAGGAGGACGAGCUUAAACCCAGAGGUUUAACAGGAAUGAAAAACAUUGGCAACUCCUGCUACAUGAACGCUGCUCUUCAAGCUCUCUCCAACUGUCCUCCUCUCACUCAGUACUUCCUGGACUGCGCCGGUCUGGUUCGCACUGACAAGAAGCCGGCUUUGUGCAAGAGCUACCAAAAACUCAUCACAGAGCUCUGGCAUAAGAAACGGCCCAGCUAUGUCGUCCCUACCACUCUGUCCCACGGCAUCAAGCUGCUGAACCCCAUGUUUCGUGGCUAUGCUCAGCAGGACACUCAGGAGUUCCUGCGUUGCCUGAUGGACCAGCUCCACGAAGAGCUGAAGGAGCCACUGACGGAGUGUGGCGGCAGCAUCAGCAGCGAAAGCAGCGACGGCGAGGAGCGUCUGGACGGCGAACGCUCAUCUGCCGAGGACGACUUCCUCUCCUGCGACUCGGGCUCCAACAGCGACCGCGGCGAAGCAGGCAUCGGCGGCGGCGAGACGCCCGUGCCGGACGAGCGUGACUGUAUCGGGAUGACGGGGGACCAUCCCAUCGAGAUCUCCGAGAAGGAACGGCUGAAGGAGAAGCGGGUGUCCGGCUCGCCCCUCCGCGGGACCUCGCGGGACGUUGACGAGGACGCCGACGUUGAUACGGCGGUUCCUGGGAGAGCUGAGGAAGAAGAAGUCGUGGAGGAGGAUUCCCGACGCCAGGAGAACAACCGAGAAAUUGAAGCAAACAACAUCUCACCAGAGCCCAACAACGAAGUGACCGUGCCCCGCCCGCAUUCCACCCCUUGCAGUCCUGUGAGAAACCUCCAAGAACUUCACUCUAAACUCUCAUCUGCUCCGUUGCGCUCCAGUCCGCUACGCUCCUCGUAUCCGUUCAAAAAAGCUCAGCUAGUUCUUGCCUCAAAAAAGAAGAAGCAGUCGCACUAUCGCAGCGUCAUUUCCGACAUCUUUGACGGCUCCAUCCUCAGCUUGGUCCAGUGUCUGACUUGCGACAGGGUGUCGACCACCGUGGAGACCUUUCAAGACUUGUCCUUGCCUAUUCCCGGGAAAGAGGACUUGGCCAAGCUCCAUUCCUCCAUUCACCAGAACCUGCCGGUCAAGACCAGCGUGUGCGCCGAGACGUACGGCUCGCAGGGUUGGCUCACUUUCAUUGUGGACUCCAUCCGGCGCUUCGUGGUCUCGUGUAUACCCAGCUGGUUCUGGGGGCCAAUGGUGACCUUGGAGGACUGCCUCGCUGCCUUUUUUGCUGCCGACGAACUCAAAGGAGAUAACAUGUACAGCUGUGAAAGAUGUAAAAAGUUGAGAAACGGUGUCAAAUAUUGCAAAGUGCUCCGACUUCCAGAGAUUCUGUGCAUUCACCUGAAGCGCUUUCGACAUGAGGUAAUGUACUCGUUCAAGAUCAGUAGCCACGUCUCUUUCCCGCUGGAAGGCCUGGACAUGCGGCCUUUCCUGGCCAAAGACAGCCCGUCCCAAGUCACCACGUACGAUUUGCUCUCCGUCAUCUGUCACCACGGCACCGCCGGAAGUGGACAUUAUAUAGCGUACUGCCAGAACGUCAUCAACGGUCAGUGGUACGAAUUUGACGACCAGUAUGUCACAGAGGUCCACGAGACGGUUGUUCAGAACGCAGAAGCCUAUGUGCUCUUUUACAGGAAAAGCAGCGAGGAGUCGGUGAGGGAGCGUCAGAAGGUGGUGGCUCUGGCUAGCGCCAAGGAACCGAGCCUUCUCCAGUUUUACAUUUCGCGAGAGUGGCUCAACAAGUUUAACACUUUCACAGAACCGGGCCCCAUUGCAAACCACACCUUCCUUUGUCACCACGGAGGCAUCCCUCCUAAUAAAUAUCACUACAUCGACGACCUGGUCGUUAUUGUACCGCAGAAUGUGUGGGAGUACCUUUACAACAGUUUCGGAGGCGGUCCGGCAGUCAACCACCUGUACGUGUGCGCCAUUUGCCAGGUGGAAAUUGAGGCGCUCGCUAAGCGCAGGAAGACUGAGAUUGACACCUUCAUUAAGCUGAACAAAGAGUUUCAGGCCGAAGAGGCUCCGAGCGUCAUCCUGUGUAUCAGCAUGCAGUGGUUCCGCGAAUGGGAGAGUUUUGUCAAAGGCAAAGAUAAUGAGCCUCCCGGUCCCAUUGACAACAGUAAGAUCGGCGUGAUGAAGGGGGGCCACGUUCAGCUCAAGCAAGGCGCAGACUACGGUCAGAUAUCCGAGGAGACGUGGCAGUACUUGUUAGGAAUUUACGGCGGUGGUCCCGAGAUUGCCGUGAGACAGACGGUGGUUCCGGCCGACCCCGACGGAGAGAGGAAGAUCGAAGCCGAGACCAGAGCACUCUGA